CUGGACCCGGGCGUGACCCUUCUGACACCUUCUCACUCAGGCCCCCGCGCACCCAGACCGCGAAUGUCCGUCUCGCGCCCUCGACCGCGCUCUCCACAGCGGCUCUCCACAGCUCACCCGAACCCAGGCCCCCUGACCUCCCCACUCUGGACCCGAACCCUUCCGUAUCCUUGGACCCCGUCACUAGACCCCGGACGCAGAUGCCUUGACCAUCUGGUUCGCCUGCCCCUCCAGACACCCCACCCACCCGGACCUCGGUCCCUGACUUCUUCACUCCGGACGCAGCCACCUCCCACCCCCACGGACCCAAACAUCCCCCACACCGAGGGGUCCCAGAGCCCGGGCCACUGAAGAUCCAGUGCUCCCUUCCCAGAUCCCGACUGGGCCUCCUACAAGCUGGGCAUUUUCAUCUGUUUGAACUGCUCCGGCGUCCACCGCAACUUUCCAGACAUCAGCAAAAUUAAAUCCGUGAGACUGGACUUCUGGGACGACAGUACUGUGGAGUUUAUGACCCACAAUGGGAACCUCCGUGUGAAGGCCAAGUAUGAAGCCAGAGUCCCUGCUUUCUACUAUGUCCCCCAGGCCAACGACUGCCUGGUGUUAAAGGAACAGUGGAUUCGAGCUAAGUAUGAAAGACAGGAAUUUAUGGCCGAUGGGAAAACCAUCUCACUCCCAGGUAACCGAGAAGGGUUGCUGUGGAAACGGGGAAGGGACAAUGCACAGUUCCUGAGAAGGAAGUUUGUCCUCCUGGCAAAAGAAGGCCUUCUGAAGUACUACACUAAAGAGGAGGGUAAAGGCCCCAAAGCUGUCAUCAGCAUCAAGGACUUGAACGCCACCUUCGAGACAGAGAAGAUAGGGAACCCCCACGGGCUGCAGAUCACCUACAGGAGAGAGGGCCACGUCAGGAACCUGUUCGUGUACCACGAGAGUGGGAAGGAGAUAGUGGACUGGUUCAAUGCCCUCCGUGCAGCCCGUCUGCAAUACCUAAAAACAGCCUUUCCUGAGCUCCCAGAGUCUGAGCUCGUGCCCCUCAUCACCAGGAAGUACCUCAAACAAGGCUUCAUGGAAAAGACUGGUCCAAAGCAGAGAGAACCUUUCAAGAAAAGGUGGUUUGCCCUGGACCCCCAGGAGCGGAGGCUGCUAUAUUACAAGAACCCGCUGGAUGCCUUUGAACAGGGCCAGGUUUUUCUUGGGAGCAAAGAGCAGGGGUACGGAGUGUCUGAAGACCUGCCCAAGGGCAUCCGAGGGAACCGCUGGAAAGCUGGCCUCACCAUCGUCACGCCUGAGCGGAGAUUUGUCUUCACCUGCCCCAGCGAGAAGGAGCAGCGGGAAUGGCUGGAGAGUUUCCAGGAUGUCCUCUCCCGCCCCUUGACACCCCUCAACGUCCUCCGUAAGAUGGGCAGCCUGGGCUUUGUUCUUUCGGCCAAGGGCAGAAGGCAGCCAGGGGCCUCGCAGAGUUCAGCUGGGAGCCCUGGAACCGAGGUCAUGGCUCCUGACUGUGCUUUUAGCAUUUUCUUCUCUUCCUGCCAAAGAAAAGUACAGACAGUGCACAUUGUUGCCAGGAAGCCCUCUCUGUCCGUGCACAGUUCUUCUGUGGGGAGCUCUACCCCGUUAACUCCCCGCCCCCCACCUGUCCCUCUCCGCGUGAGAAACCCUGGCCUGUUAUUAUUAGCUACGGUCACUCGCACUGGGCAACUCCUGGGGUCAUGGGUUCCUCUCCACUCAUUGAGGGAAGGCUAUUUUUGGUGCCCUUCUCUUCUCUGCGUCCUCCCUUCUGUCUGCUUCUCUCCUGCUCCUCCCCUUCACCCCAGAUGAGUUACAAGUAGGUUUCUGUCUGCUGAGAGCCCUGUUAAAAAUGGGAAGACAUUCUGAGCUGGGGCAGGAAACUUCUGGCCCAGGGCCUGGUUUGGGGGCACCAGGAAGAAGGUCUGUGUUGGAAAAAGGACAGAUCAAGGAGAUGACCCCACACGGCCCCUUAGGAGAAACUCUUGUGCCCUUUGAGUCAGGCCAGUAUAAACCCACACUGUUUUCACUUUCCAAAAUUUUAAAGCCAAAGAGCCUGAGGACCAGACUUGGAAGUUGUUAGGGAGCCCAUCAGCUGGUGCUUUCUCUUCCCUGCAGGCCUGCUUGUCUGACUCUCUGUUUCUUUGUGUCUCACUCUCUACUCUGGUGUGUGUCCCCUCUGUCUCUCGCCCCUUUGGUUGUUUUUUUAAUUCUGGUUCUCUGUCAUUGUGCCCCUGUCCCCUUGCUGUCCCUUCUCUCCAGUAGGACUACACUGGCACGGUUAUCACCUCAGCUCUCUUCUUGCUCCCCUGGCAGCAGAAUCAUCGGAGAGAGGCCACAGCAGCAGGUGACCACUGGCCGAGGAGCUGGCCACUGGUCACCCGGAGCUCAUGGUAGGAAGGACAAGUUCUCACCUCGGCCUUGGUUGCCCCACAGGAGUGCCCCACCGUCAGCAGCCAUGGCUGGUCCAUGAAUUCUGCCAAGACUGAAGCUUUGGCCUUUACCUGCUGGCUCCCUGGGCAUUCCCACUGCCUGGCCCCGGGGUGUCUUGGGGGUCAGGACAUGUCCUCAAGGCCCCGGACCUCUGAAAUGAAGGCACCGCCAUGACGAGCCACCCACCGUGUCAUGCAAGUGGCAUGUUUGCUCAAAGAGAAAACAAGUUGAUUCUGGCACUAACCAUAAGGAAGUCGUCCGACAAAUCCACGUGAGGGACAUUCUAUAAAACAGCUGGCCUGGACUCUUCCAAAGUGUCAGUAUCAUGAAGGAUAAAGUAGUGAGGAAACUGUUCUAGGUCAAAGAAGACUAAGGAGGCAACAAAACACAAUUCACAAGUCUUGCUUGGAUCCUGGAUUUUUAUGCUUUUUUUUUUUUUAAGAUUUUUAUUUUUGAGUAAUCUCUACACCCAACAUGGGGCUCAAACUCACGACCCUGAGAUCAAGAGUCGCACACUCCACCGACUGAGCCCGCCAGGCGCCCCCUGCAUCCUGGAUUUUUAAAAAGCAGCUAUAAAGGACAUAAUACCUGGGGAAGUUUGAAUAUGGAUGUAUGUUAGCUAAUCGUGUUGUGAGACUGAUAAUUAUGUUGUAUUUGUGUAGGAGAUUGCCUUGUUCUUGGUGGAUAUGUCCUGAAGUGUUCAGGGGUAAAACGUCAUAAUUUUUAGUCUAUGACUGACUCUUAAAUGGGUCAACAAAGAAUAAGUGUCUGUGUACAUGUAUAUAGAGAGAGUAUAUACAUAUCUAUAGUGUGUGUGUGUGUAUAUGGAAGACAGGAAGUAUACACACACACAUAUACAGGGAGAGAGAGAGAGAAAGCGAGCCUCUGUGCAAAAUAUUAGCAACUGAGGAAUCUAGAUGAAGUAUAGAUGGGUCUUUGUUGUCCUAUUGGUGCAAAUUUUCUAGCGACUCAAACGUGUCCAGAUUAAACACUUGGAAGCUGGGGGAAAUUUUUAAAGAAACACCCACUGCCACUCUUCAAAAGCAGUGUGUUUUCUACAUGAAUCAAAACCGUUCCUGGGAAAGUCUCGUCUUUGUGCCCAUUUUAGAAGAAAUGAAAACCCAGAGAACACACACACACAAAAACAAACACCAGGGUCCAGUUUGAUUAUCGUCCUAUUCGGAAGCAAAGAAGCAAGCCAAGGAGGCCAGUGCCCUGGACCCCAGGGCAGAGAGCUCUCCAGUGUGCGAGCCAGCUCCAGCCUUGCCGCCGACUUGAAAUGGUCAGAAACCUCACUUUCCCACCUGCGUGCCUUGGUUUUUCUCUUUCAAAUGAGGAAGGUGUACUAACUACUGAAAUUCCAUGGACACAACACAUAGUUUAGAGCCUCUCCCAGGCGCCAGGCUCUGUGCCAAGCCCUGGGAAUAGGGCGGGAACCAGAUGGUCCCUGCUGUCACAGAUGACAGGCUGCUGUAAGGUGACUCUUCCAUGGGGUGGGACAAUGCCAUGAGUGCUCAGAAAAGGAAGUGCAGCCCGCUGUGGGAGCCUGCAACACGGGGUUUCCCCUCACUGGGGGAGGGGGGCGGGGGGGGGGACUCUGUCCUCUCCAGAAAGUGAUGUUGCAGUUGAAACCUUGGAGAUAUUUACAGGUUAGUCACUGGGAAGAUGGUGAGGAAAACACUUGUCUAAGGGAAGAUGUUCAAAGGCCCUUAGAUGGGAAAGAGGAACUGAAAAAUCUGGAAUGGCUGAAGUGUUAGAGAAAUAGAUCACCGAGGUCCCUGCUCUGUGAUUCUUCGUCCUUCAGGUCACGAGCAGAACGACAUUUGGUGCGCUCUUCAUUUUGGUGGAGUCCGACCGCGUUGGGUGGGUGUUUAGUAGAGUCUCUGCUUCUUAUGGGGUUUUCCUACGGAUCCCCCAGAGGACAAGCAACAUUAUUGGAGUGUCUUUCCGGAGGCUUCCUGACACCCCAGAUGGAGAUGGGGGUGCUUCCUCUUCUGGCCCCUUAAGCACCUUGAAAAUGUCUGUUUCAACACCUGCUGGGUUGUAUAUUAAGGGUCAGUUUACUCAUCUGCCUUUUUCACUACCCAUGAGCUCGGUCUAGAGAGGAAGAAAGAAGUAAGCAGGCAAUCGCAAAGCUACUUGGCCUGAAGAAGCAAAGUCCGUGAUCAGAUUUGAAACUUAGGAGAACAAUGCAGCAACAUAGAGUGUGGGAAGGAAGUAGAGAGACCAACUGGGAGGCCAUGGCAUAAAUCACAAACACCACAGUCGUGUAAUUGUGGGCCUGUGUCUGAGGCAGCACACCAGCUCUCCUUCCCACCUCUUCCUUCUUAAACAUCCUUCUUCUGUUCAGAAAAGCAAGCCAUACCUCUUACCCACCUUAAACCUUACAUCGCUCCAAGGCAAUGAAAAUCAUUGGGACGCCAAAUAAAGAGACAG